ACAAAGGGCGAUGUAUCGUAACGUACAUGCGUGAAAACUGUUCUAACGGUACAUGUAGCCUAAAAUUUCAUGAGAUUCUCAUGUUUGUUCCGGGCUCUGAAAAUCACACCACUGUGAUUCGCUCUGUAAAGCUGAUGUAGGCCUAUGCCCUUUUUUGGGACAAUAUUUGAAAAUUAACCAGCUACAGAACAGCAGGCAUGUGUGAUUAACCGAUAACUAGUAUUAUUGUCAACAGGAUGUACUUCCACACAUGUCGUAUAGAACCUAUACGUGCCUGUAGGAUUUAGAUAGAUUGUUGCUUCAGUUUUACGCGGUAUCAAUUUGUUGUUGUACAGGGCCCUACAAUUCGCUAAAGCGGGAAUACACAUGAAUGUGUCCUAUCUUUAUAGUGUGAUGCCAGAUUCCACCCAGUACAAUAAUACCAGCCAGUAUUCCACCCAGUACAGUGAUGCCAGCCAGUAUACCACCAGUACAAUGAUGCCAGCCAAUAUUCCACCAGUAUAGUGAUGCCAGCCAGUAUUCCACCAGUAUAGUGAUGCCAGCCAGUAUUCCACCAGCAUAGUGAUGCCAGCCAGUAUUCCACCAGUAUAGUGAUGCCAGCCAGUAUUCCACCAGUAGAGUGAUGCCAGCCAAUAUUCCACCAGUAUAGUGAUGCCAGCCAGUAUUCCACCAGCAUAGUGAUAUCUGUGAGGAGUGGUUUAAUGGCAGUGGAUUGUGUUUUAUAUAUAUUUAGUAUAAGAUUCUGAGAAGAAAAUGAAGGGUGCUGCCAACACGAUCAUAUGUGUGUAUUUACCCUACUGGAUAAUCAUUUUCUAUGUUUUAAUACGAGAUUCCUCAGCUCAAGGCGCCUGUAGAACUAAUAUUUGUAAUCAAGUAUUCCCCAAAUGUAAAAGUGCGCGGGAUGUGUUAUUUAUUCAUUCUGGGACAGGCACGGGUCAUAAUCAGAAUCAUGGUAUCGAUGAAUUUAUCCGUCUAUGUGAAGGCCGUAGGAAAUGUGAAGAAACAAACACGCUACUGACCAGCUGUACUAAAUCUCGUAAAUCAGGAAGGAUACAGUACAGUUGUGUGUCUGUUUCGUCCUUCAAGAGUAUCAGAGAACCCCUAAAAGGUGUGCUUUACCUGAAUAAAACAGCGAACUUUCAAAUUUUUCUGACUGACGAAGUCUGUAAGAACGUUGCCAUCGCUAGUGUGAAACCCUCUAAGCCUUUCGUUAUUGGCCUGAACUACUUUAAACUCAAACACUCAGCCCCUGAUGAUUGUAGUGCUGUAACUUUGGUCGACGGAGCAGGAGAACAUAAAUAUUUACCAGAUAGAAAGUCCAAAAAUGCUUUUUCUCAAGUGAGUUCGACUCAGGAAUUCAGCCUACUUGUAAACUGUACGUGUUUGGUGAAGUUCAGCUCAUUGUGGAUUACCAUAUUCGAAUAUCCGGAAACUUGCAAUUUGAAAGAUAAUCUCUCCAAUGAGUGGAAUCCCAAAAAUUUAAGAGAGGAAGACAUACCUUUGGGAGAUAGGUCGGAAUGUACCACUGGACGUGUAUCCUCAAAUAAGGACACAAGCAUACCAGUAUAUGAAAAGUCUUAUCUAACGUCAUCUACACGGCCACUGGGAACGUCACAGACACCGACAUCGUUAUCUACAAAUUCGCUGACAGUGUCAACAAAGGGGUCAACAGUACACGGAUACUCCACCGUAAAUGAAACGGAGGUGCAAUUGGACAAAACUGUAAGACGUCGACCACAAUCAAACUCAACGCCUUCUGCUGGAAAGGACAAGACGGUAAUACUUGCUUCAGCUGUGGCUGCAGGGUUUUUGCUGAUAAUCCUAGUCGUUGGUCAUCGUCAUUGUCUCAUGGCGGCGCCGAUCAGUCAGAAAAUCUGCCGGUCAAGGGGAACAGAGGGAAGCUACCGGCGACGACAACCUGAUGAUGAGUUCCACCUCAGGCGUGCCGCUGGCUGCAACCGGCGGACUGGAGAACAAUGCCACAUACAGCUGUGUCAAUGACUCGUCUGCAGUGGCCAGUCAAAUGGCGCAGAUCGAAAGUCGUAAUACCUAUGAGGUAAUCGGAGUAGAGCCCGGAUCACCUUAUGUUGCCUUGCAGAUAACAAGCGACACAGACAGGCAUACCUACGACGAACUGCAAAUACCGAUAGUAAAGCGCCUGUCUCCCCAGUAUUAUGAAAAUGUGAACAGCACUGAUGCAAACCCGCCAGUUACUUACAAUGACUGCACAAACGCGGUAACAGAGCCCGAUAUUAAACAUAUGGUCAUACAGGGCUGUGAAAAGGCAGUUGUGCAAAAGUAACGUACAUGCAUAUACAGUUACUGAUGUGAUUAAGCCUAUAGUAUAUCUUUCAGUUUUUUAUAUCUUAUAGUUACACUUCAGAUCUUAACCUUUAUAAAUUCUUGUGUAUGUCGAGCUUUAUAAGUGCAAGAACAGAAAACCUGUUUGGUUCGAUUGUUGUGAUUCAGGCGUGUUAUUAGUUUUGUGAUAAAUUAAGGUCAUUACUGACAUACAUGCACAUUAUGCCUUUACCACACGUGAGCAGUAUUUCAGCCAAAUCAAGGCGAAGUCAUCAUAGAAAUACAUAUUUUUUUUGACUAGUGAAGAAUAUAUAUGUGAAACGUACAUAAAUUAUUUUCUAGGGCUACCAGCCAUGGAGAUUCAUGACCUAACGUAUUUACUAUUCAUUAGGAUGGUCAUGAUUUCUUUAUAGCUUCCUGCCUCGUGUCGUUCAUGGAUAUGACGUAAUGAUCUAGGCAUAUGGACAUGUGUGUUAUUUCUUUUAAGACAUUUGGAGGUUUAUAUGCUAUUGUUUGUUCUAUAUUACAUUCCUGUAUAUACACGUACGCAUGUUUAUGUCUUUGCUGAACUGUAGGCCUACAUGUGCCUGUAUACAUUGUAAAAUCACACACAUAUGUAUAUACUGUAUGUAUACACUUUCUGUACAUGUUUCGGAAACAAUCACUUGUAUUAUUUUGAAGAGUUUUAUGGGAACCGAAAGUCUUUAUUGAUAUUAAUACUAUUAGUUAUUAUGUUGUAUCUGUCGAGAUUUUCAUUCGUCAUAUGUUUUUUACUAACUUAAUUCUCCUAAGUUACGAAGUAUUAGGUCACCGCGACACUGUGCGCAUUUUAACUCACGUGAGCCGUAUUUCGCCUAAAGAGGAGGAUGCAUACUAAUAGGGAAAUAACUUCCUGCACUAUAAAACUGACAAUGACUCAGUAGUGAGUAUAUACUCUCAUUCUACCAUAGUACAUGUGUAAGAGUUAGGGUAUACAGAGACUACACCGAGGACUAACUUGAUUCUCCUAAUUGGUAUUUUUUUGACUUAUUUAUCUUUGACUUCAUUGUUGUCAAGAAGUUUUCACUCAUAUGACUGUGGUAGGGUUUAUGGCUGGAUUGAAUCAGUAAUUGUCCUUCCCAAACCCCCAGAGCCCUUCUCCAGGUACCUGACUUGAAAGAAAAGACAGCAGUUGAUAAAACCUUUAUAUCAGUUUCGAAAGACGAGUGAGAACAUGCAGCACGAGUGGUAUAAGUGAAAUGGUUAGAAAAAUUAAAUGAAAACACACACACACAACUUUCAAAGUGUCAGAUAUGUUUUGUUUAAUAAGCCGUGUGUGAUAUUGUCAUAGUUUGCCACGUGCAUUUGUUUACAUCAUAGAACAUGUGUAUGUUUACAUCACAUGAUCAGCUCCCCUAUAUUAAUAUUCAGGACGUUCCAGCAUAGAGAUUGGCUAAUAUUACGUAAGUAACAUAGUGCGGGAUUGCUCAAGGUGAUGAAGCGAGUGGAAUAAAGUGACUGUCUGUAUG